CGAGCGACGGUUUAGUGAAUCUGGUUCAUGUCGAACAGACCAAAUACAGUCAAGCGCGGGUGUGAGAACAGUAACAGCAGUCAGGACUUUAAAGCUGUUUUUUAACGUGUGUUUUGCGUUUCGCCAUGUUGUGGACGGCGAACACGAUCAUGAGGAAAUUCUCCACGAGCUCCGCUUACUGCCAAAAUAAACUAAAGCUGGCCCUGAUUGGUCAGAGCCUGUUUGGACAGGAAGUAUACACAAACCUUCGCAAGCAGGGUCAUAAAGUGGUUGGCGUGUUUACGGUUCCUGAUAAGGAUGGAAAGGCGGACCCCCUGGCGGCGGUGGCAGAGAAGGACGGGACGCCGGUGUUCAAGUUCCCGCGCUGGCGGGUGAAGGGGGAGCCCAUACCGGAGGUGGUGGAGGCGUACAAGUCUGUGGGUGCCGAGCUGAACGUCAUGCCCUUCUGCUCUCAGUUCAUCCCGAUGAAUGUGAUCGACCACCCCAAACACGGCUCCAUCAUUUACCACCCGUCCCUCCUGCCCAGACACAGAGGAGCCUCCUCCAUCAACUGGACACUCAUCGAGGGCGAUAAGAAAGCAGGAUUUAGUAUCUUCUGGGCUGAUGAUGGUUUGGACACUGGUCCCGUCCUCCUGCAGCGGGAAUGUUCAGUAGAUCCCAACGAUACCGUGGAUACCCUAUACAACCGCUUCCUGUUUCCGGAGGGCAUCAAGGCCAUGGUUGAAGCUGUACAGCUUAUUGCAGACGGUAAAGCCCCCAAGAUCCCUCAAGUGGAGGAGGGAGCCAGUUAUGAGGGCAUCCAGAAGAAAUCCAAUGCCAAGGUCAAUUUGGCCCAGUCGGCAGAGGCCAUGCAUAACUGGAUCCGCGGUCAUGAUAAAGUUCCAGGUGCCUGGGUGACUAUUGAUGGAAAGCCCGUAACACUGUACAGCUCAUCAAUGCUAAGCGGUUCAGUGCCGGCCGGUCAGCCAGUAGAAGUGGAAGGGGCGUCCCAGCCUGGACUCAUCACCAAGUCAGGGCUCCUUCUUUUCGGCUCCGAUGGAAAAGCGCUCCAAGUAAAGAACCUGCAGUUUGAGGAUGGAAAGAUGAUUCCUGCAUCCAAAUACUUCUCCUCAGAGGAGAGCGCCAGCUUGGAGCUCACAGACGAGGAGAAGAAGAUGGCCGAGGAGAUCAAGGCUAUCUGGAAAGGCAUUCUGAGCAACGUUUCAAGUAUCGAAGAAACAACAGAUUUCUUUAAGUCGGGAGCUGCUUCUAUGGAUGUGGUCAGAUUGGUGGAGGAGGUGAAGCAGAAAUGCGGAGGCGUUCAGCUUCAGAACGAGGACGUCUACAUGGCCACCACCUUCCAGAGCUUCAUCCAGAUGUUCGUCCGACGCAUGCGCGGAGAGGACCAGGAGGAGGAACUCGUCAUCGAUUAUGCGACAAAAGAAGUCAACAACAUGACGUUGAAAAUGCCCUACCAGUGUUUCAUCAACGGCAGCUUUGAAGACGCAGAAGGCGGAAAGACGUACAACACGGUCAACCCCACAGAUGGCUCUGUGAUCUGUAAGGUGUCGUAUGCUUCAGUAGGGGAUGUGGACCGAGCGGUCAGUGCAGCAAAAGAAGCCUUCGACAACGGCCCCUGGGGUAAAAUGAACCCGCGUGACCGGGGCAGGCUGCUUUACCGUCUGGCUGAUCUGAUGGAGGAGCAUCAAGAAGAACUGGCCACGAUCGAGACCAUCGACUCUGGUGCCGUUUACACGCUGGCUUUAAAAACACACGUCGGCAUGUCUGUACAGACCUUCAGAUACUUCGCCGGCUGGUGCGACAAGAUCCAGGGCUCGACGAUACCCAUCAACCAAGCCAGACCCAACCGCAACCUCACCUUCACUAAGAAAGAACCUCUGGGAGUUUGCGCCAUAGUGAUCCCAUGGAAUUACCCACUGAUGAUGUUGGCGUGGAAGAGCGCAGCUUGUUUGGCGGCUGGAAACACACUCGUCCUGAAACCCGCCCAGGUGACUCCUCUAACAGCACUGAAAUUUGCUGAACUGACGGUGAAAGCUGGAAUUCCAAAAGGAGUCGUCAACAUCGUACCAGGAUCAGGUGGUCUGGUUGGACAGAGGAUGUCCGAUCACCCUGAUAUCCGUAAACUCGGUUUUACCGGCUCGACUCCCAUUGGCAAACAGAUCAUGAAGAGCUGUGCUGUCAGUAACUUGAAGAAGGUCUCUCUGGAGCUGGGCGGUAAAUCUCCCCUCAUCAUCUUCAGUGAUUGUGACAUGGAUAAGGCAGUCCGCAUGGGCAUGAGUUCUGUUUACUUCAAUAAGGGAGAGAACUGCAUCGCUGCAGGAAGACUGUUUGUUGAAGAAUCCAUACAUGACGAGUUCAUCACUAGAGUGGUUGAAGAAAUCAAGAGGAUGAAGAUCGGAGACCCUUUGGAUCGCUCCACUGAUCACGGACCUCAGAACCACAAAGCCCAUCUGGACAAGCUGGUGGAGUACUGUGAGAUCGGUGUGAAGGAGGGGGCGACGCUCGUCUAUGGUGGGAAACAGGUGGACAGACCAGGCUUUUUUAUGGAGCCCACGGUGUUUACAGAAGUUGAAGAUCACAUGUUCAUCGCCAAAGAAGAAUCAUUUGGUCCUGUUAUGGUGGUGUCGAAAUUCAAGGAUGGUGAUGUGGAUGAUGUUCUAAGAAGAGCCAACGACACAGAGUUCGGCCUGGCCUCUGGGGUCUUCACCCGUGAUAUCAAUAAGGCCAUGUAUGUCAGCGAGAGACUGGAGGCAGGAACUGUUUUCAUCAACACCUACAACAAAACCGACGUGGCGGCUCCUUUCGGAGGCUUCAAACAGUCUGGAUUCGGAAAGGACCUUGGUGAGGAUGCCCUGCACGAAUACCUGCGGACUAAAGCCAUAACCGUGGAGUACUAAGAAAACACACGCAGCCCGACUCUAGACAGGACUUCAGAAGACAUGAACGCAGUCUAAAGUGGCCAAACUGUCUUACUUGAAGCUGGUUUGAUAGGAAGGGAAGAGCAUUUCCUGCCAUGACUACACUGAUGUGCCUACAUUUUUUAAUCACUCUUUUUACUCUUUUAUGGAGCGGGACAGUAUUGCCAUCCUACGCUGGCUAAAACAUUUAAAAAAAUGAAAAACCAACAGACCUCCAAGUGCACCGAAGGAAACAAGUUUAGUUAAUCUUUUAAAUUUCCAAUUUACAUGAUUAAAUUAUUAUGAAGUAACCGCAAUAGUGUCAUAAGCUGAUUUAAUUGUUACACUGUAUCCUAACAAAUCAAAAUACUAGCAACAAGCAAUCUUUCUGCCCAGACUCAAUGCCAAACUGCCGUAUGAUGGGCCUUGAUCACAGCUAAUUACCACAUUUUUUAUGUUUUAUGUGCAGCUAAACUCUGAUUUUGCUUUAUCGCUUGUUUUUGUGUCAAGUCAUGCGUGGUUGUCGGAUUUUACUUUGUGUUCAUUAAGAUUUUCACCUCGUGAUUUAACACACAUUGUCUUCGUGUUUAGACUUUGUGUCUUCAUAUUUAAUACCAGUGUCAUAUCAAAAUCUGUAUCAUCACAUUUGUAAUCUUUCUGGUUUAUAAUAUGCAUAGCAUUUCAACAUCUCCCUUUUUAUUGUAACUGUAUAUAUUUUAUUAGAUAUGACAAAUUGUCUUAUUUUAUAUAUUUAAUUUUGCAUUCCAGACAGACAUAAGAUAAUUGAAAAUGUUGAAUGGAAAUAAUAUAAACACAGCAUUCUCUUUCCAGGGAAGUAAUUUAUUUUGUAUAAAAUUAUAGGCUUGGUUUGAUGUAAGAGUAAUUUACACAAAUAAUAGAAAACAACACUGUGAACCUUACAAUGUGAACAUCGUGACAAUGAAAAUGACAAAGUAUCUGCUGAAGGUUUACGAUCUCUCGUGAUGCUUUUGAGAAAAGAGAAAUGUUAUGCUGUUUUAGUCUUCUGUAUAAGCUAACAGUCACUCUGAAUGUGUCACUUGCCAAAUGUCAUUACACACAACAUUUUUUCAAACUUUAUAUUACCGGUGAUCAAAAACUGAAAGAGCGUAGGUAAUCCAUUUUUACAAUAAAGAACGGAAAUAGCGAAAA